GUAAAACAACCGUUGGCAGCGUUAGCUCUGUGGAUGUAAUGAGUUAGCUGGAAGAAGAUAUUUUAAUUGUACCGCAGAUAAUUAUUAAACUUAUAAUUUAGCAACAAUGCCUUCACUUCAGUAUUUGAAAGUGUUUAUCAACGAGAGUCUAACCGCUACUGCUGAACAAAUAUUCGGAGUUUUUGAGAAAAUGGUCGUCGAGUACGAAGAAGAGAUCGACCGUCAGCGCAGACUGUUGGAUAUAGCUUGGAAACCUAAAAUAAAGUUACACAGAAUAGAGCUCCCACAGCAACAUGUCUGUAAGGAGGAGGAGGAGGUUGUCGCUGAGCAGCAGCUCUGUAUUGAGGAGAGGAACUCCAGUGUGGAGCAAGAGGAGCCAGAGCCUCCAGAGAUUAAAGAGGAAGAGGAGGAACUGUGCAGCAGUCAGGAGGGAGAGCAGCUUGAAGUGAAGCAGGAGACUGAUGACUUUAUGUUGACUCCUACUAAUGAGGAAAGUGCCCACAGUGAAGAUCAGACUGUGAACUGGAGUAUCACUGAAACUCAAAAUAUGGUGGGGGAGGAAACACCUCUUGACUACAUUAUAGUUAAACACACUGUGCACCCAGAACCAGACAGUGACCACCAGCUCCUCGCUCAUGAAGCUGAGAGCCAAGAUCAGAAAGGAGACAAGCAUGGAGACUCAGGUUCAACUAGAAAUGCAGAACAAACGCAACCGAAUCACAACAGCAACAGUCACACUAAGAAUGAAUCCAGUCGUACUAUGUCAGUAGUUCACACUAAUACCCACACAGGUAAAGAGUCUUUCAAAUGUGACACGUGUGGUAGAGUAUGCACAAGUAGGUCAGCUUUGAAAAGCCACAUGAGAACACAUACAGGUGAGAGGCCAUAUCUUUGCAACAUCUGUGGGAAAAAAUUCACUCAGGCGUCAGCAUUGAACGUUCAUGUAAGAACACACACAGAUGAGAGGCCGUUUUCUUGCGAAACGUGUGGGAAAGAUUUCAGAGCAAGAGGUAACUUGAUGAAGCACACCAGAAUUCACUCAGGAGAGAAGCCGUACUCUUGCAAGACAUGUGGGAAAGAUUUUGUACGUAAGAAUGACUUGAACGUCCACGUGAGAAUCCACACAGGUGAGAAGCCGUAUUUUUGCAAAACAUGCGGGGCAGCUUUCAGACAUGCAAGUCACUUAAAAGGCCACAUGAGAACCCACACUGGAGAGAAGCCGUUUAUAUGCAAAACAUGCGGGAGAGCUUUCAGACUUAGAAGUCACUUGUUGAGCCACAUGAAUACCCACACUGGGGUGAAACCACAUUCUUGCAACACCUGCGGGAAAAGGUUUUGUCGGAUUUCACUUUUGAAGUCUCAUGUAAGAAUCCAUACAGCUGACAGGAGUCCUGCUCUCACAACACCUGCGGAAGAGGUUACGUCAUAGUCCAAAAGAGAUUCCACAGCACUUAAGUAUUCAUCCUGACAACUAGAGUCAAUUCUUUUCUGUCAGCAGAAUGUCUCUUAAGUUUACAGUUGCAUGUAUUUUAUAUGUGCAUCAACCUGCUGUAAUUGUUGUUCUUUCAGGUUUGAG